CUACAGAUGAAGGACAAUGAGAAGACAUCAGAAGAUAAUGUUUCCAUGGUGACGCAAUUUGUCCUCCUGGGAUUUUAUGACCUUCCAAACCUCCAAGGGCUACUAUUCACACUGUUCUCCAUCAUUUACAUGAUUAUCCUAUCUGGAAAUAGCCUCAUAAUCAUACUUACCAGACUUGACACAGAACUCCAGAAACCCAUGUACUUUUUCCUGGCCAAUUUUUCUGCAUUGGAAAUCUGUUUUGUGUCUGUAACUAUGCCUAGAAUGUUGAAGAACCUGUGGACACAGGAUAGAAAAAUUUCUAAGCUAGAGUGUGCCACCCAGUUGUGCUUCUUCCAUAUGCUGGGAGCCACUGAAUGUUUCUUCCUGGCUACAAUGGCCUAUGACCGCUACGUGGCCAUUUGCAAGCCACUGCAUUAUCCAGUAGUUAUGAACCAUAAGACUUGCAUCAGAUUGGCUGUUGCUGCCUGGAUCAGCGGAAUGCCAGUCCAAAUAGGGCAAACUUGUCAGGUGUUCCUUCUGCCUUACUGUGGUUCUAACCAAAUCAACCACUACUUCUGCGACAUACCCCCACUGAUCAAGCUGGCUUGUGGGGACACUUCUCUUAAUGAGAUGUGUGUCUAUUUAGUUGCUAUCUUUUUUGCUUUUGUUCCUUUUCUACUGAUCUUGGGCUCUUAUGUCAAAAUCAUUUCCACCAUUCUCAAGAUGCCCUCAGCCACCGGCCGCUUCAAAGCCUUUUCUACCUGUUCUUCCCAUCUCAUAGUUGUGCUUUUAUUCUUUGGGUCUAUUACUAUUAAUUAUUUAAGACCUAAAUCCAGUCAUUCUGCAUUAAGUGAUAAGAUGUUCUCUCUUUUCUACACUAUAGUGACUCCGAUGUUUAACCCCAUGAUAUACAGCCUCAGGAACAAGGACGUAAUUGCAGCACUGAGAAAACUAUUUCUUAAAAAAGUGUGA